AUGGCACAUACCCCGUUGACUCCAGAUGCGGUAAACGUGGGGGCAGUUGCAUGGACUUUAAUCUCCACUGCGCUGGUCUUCCUCAUGACCGCAGGACUCAGCUUCUUCUAUGGAGGCCUUGUGCGUGAUACCAACAUCAUCAAUACCAUGAUGAUGAGCGUCAUAGCAAUGGGUGUGGUAACAAUGACUUGGGUGGUAGUGGGAUUCUCGCUGGCGUUCGGCGAGAGCGACGCGGCCUGGGUGGGCAACUUCGAGUACGCAUUGUUCAGAAAUCUCGACAUGCGGCUGUGGGAUGAGAAGACUGGCUUGCCAGGGCUUUGCUUUGCCACAUACGAGAUGACGUUCGCGAUCAUCGCCUCAGCCAUUAUUUCCGGGUCUUUAGUAGAGCGUGUGCGCUUCAGCGCAUACGUUGUUUUCCUAGCACUGUGGUCCAUACUGAUCUAUGCUCCACUGGCGCAUUGGGUCUGGAGUCCGGGAGGCUGGAUUCACAAAAUGGGUACCCUGGAUUUUGCGGGCGGUACCGUGAUUCACAUCAGUUCUGGCGUGUCUGGCUUCGUUGCAGGGGCUAUCAUUGGCCCGCGUAGGCGCGCGGAGGAGGACCUCGGCCCGACCAGUGUUCCUUUUGUCAUUCUCGGAGGCUGCCUUCUUUGGUUUGGAUGGGUAGGCUUCAACGGUGGAUCGGCUUUGUCAGUGUCAGAUGGUGUUGCGGCACGAGCUGUGGCCAGCACGAUGGUAGCGGCCGCUUCGUCGAUGCUUACGUGGCUUGUCCUGGAGCGGCUGCUGAAAGGAAGGUCGUCCUCCGUGGGUGCCAUGGUGGGAGCUGUUGCAGGCCUCGUCUGCAUCACUCCGGGAGCAGGAUAUGUGGCCCCGAGCUGGAGCAUCAUACUGGGACUUCUUGCAGCUCCAUGGUGCUAUCUAUCUGUUGCGGCUGUAAACCGGAUGAACCUUGUGGAUGACACGUUGGAUGCUUUCGGGCUGCAUGGCAUGGGUGGGAUUGGAGGGGCCAUUCUUACAGGCAUCUUUGCAGAGGAGGCGGGCCUCAUCUACACAGGCAGCUUCAUGUUGCUGGGCAAGCAGAUCGUCGGUGCUUUGGCCAGUGUCGCGUUCUCUGCAAUCGGAACAGCAGUAAUUGUGCUUGUCAUGAGACUCGUGAUUACCUUGAGAGUGGCGGAAGACUCCGAGUUGGCGGUGGAUGCGCACACCCAUGGAGAGACGUACCACAGCCAGGCAAAAGCAUACCAUCCCAAAGAGGACUUUCGUAUGCACAGCCCUGUGAAGGCGUAUCAGCGUCCAGAUGUAGCUGUGGGUUCAUCUGAGUCUACCAGCAGUGCUGUUUAG